CGGGGCGGGGCGGGGCGGGGCGGGGCUGGCGCUGAGGACCCAUUUCAGCUUCCCGGAACGUAGGGGCCAGGGACCCCAUCUUUAGUCUGAAAGAGAAGGGUAUGAAGGAGAGCGUGGGGGAUCCUGAACUUACUACUAAGUCUCUGGUGGCAAUGGAGGAGGUGCUGCGAGGAUUUAGUAUUAUCUGUUCCUGGGGGAUCUGAACUUCCUGUUCUCCAGGCAGGAAAGGGUGACAUCCGCUAUACAGCCAGCACUAUACUUCCCCACAGUGGCUCAGGACUACUCUGGACCCAAGACUUUGAGCAGACCCUUUCUAGCUCAGACCCACCAUGGUCCCUUCAGGCAACCUCCUGCUCCUGCUUUUGCUCCCAGCUGCUGCAGCUCAAUCGGCCCCAGGUUCCUGCUCUGGAUGUGGGUCCCUCUCCCCAUUACUCCUAGCAAGCCUUGUGGCAGUGGAUGCCUUGGUGUCGCUGCUCAUUGUGCUGGUGGUGUUUGUGAGGACAUGUCCAGGAGUGGAGACCACCCAAGAAGAAGGCAAAAUCUACAUCAACAUGCCUGGUGGCCGGGGCUGACCCUAGUAACUAUAACCUUUGACUUCUGACCCUGUCAUCUUGGAGUGCUCUUGGUGGCUCAGGAAACCCACUCUCUCUUUUGGUUGCAAUAAAGGAAUUGAAAUAUAAUA